AUGUUUGUUAAUAUAGGAAGUAUGAAUAUAGAGCCUCUUCGUGUGUAUGCGGGACUACUGAUGACGUCAUUGAACAGUGCUGGAGUACAUAUCACUCUUUUAAAAUUAUCUGGAGAUGAUAAAAGUUUCUUCCUUGGUUGCCUAGAUGCACCUACUGUUGCACCAAAGUGGCCAGGUUGCGUAUAUAGUAUUUCUACAGAAAAUGCACGAAAGGUUGUUCAAGAUCCAGUAGUACGGACAGUGGAAACAAUUGGAAUGGAAAUUACUCUCGAACUACAGAACUUAUUAAAGCAAUGUUUGAAAAGUGCUUGUGAAAGUAUCAUUCAGAAAGAAACUCAUCUUAAUGAUCUAGAUAGAGGAUGUGGAGACGGUGACACAGGAUCGACGCUUAACAGACUUGCUACUGGAAUUUUAGGAAAUUUAGACAAGUUUCAAUUCUCACACCCAUCAUCAGUUUUUACUGAACUAGCUCAUAUAGCCGAAGAAGAAAUGGGUGGCACUUCUGGAGCAUUGUACUGCUUAUUUUUUACUAGUAUUACCACAGAAUUAGUUUCAAUUUCUGAAAAAGAAGGUUGGCUGCAAAUUUGGGCACGUACAUUUCGCAGUGGUCUAAAUUGCUUAAUAAAAUAUGGGAAAGCGAAACCGGGUGAUAGAUCCAUGUUGUCACGAGGACGACGAAUUAAAUACAUGUGUAUAUUAUGCUGCACAAUAACAAAACUGUACUGUACUGUAAUCCGGAUUUAUCGAUACACUUUCUACACUUUCUAAAUGGAAAAAAGAAAAAAAUAUUUAUUUAAAAAAAAUAAGAAAUAAGAAAUUAAAUCAUAUUAUUUCUGGUGAAAUUCUUUAAAAUGGUCAAUACAAUAAACUGAUAUAGGCGAGAUGCUGACAAACGGGUCAAACGUAAACUCUCACAUCUGAAGAAUGCUUGGCAACUGAAAUAAAAAGCAGUCACAGUGCGCGUAAUAAUCCGCACUUGGUGAUAAAAGACAGUCGUCCGAUUGCGGAAUAAUCCGCGCUUGGUGAUAGAAGACAGUCGCAGCGUGCGGAUUAAUCCGCGCUUGGGUGCAAAUGAGUUAAGGCAAUAAAAAAACUUUGUGUACGGAAAUAUUGUUUAUUUUUUCAAAUUUUAUAUAAUCUCAUUGUACACUAAGAAUAUGUUAGCAGCUGCCGUAGGUUAAUUAAUUGACUCAUAAACUUUUCUGUCUAUUUCA